UAAACAGCUGCGCAAACACAGCAGUCUUCGUGGUAACUGAUCAGAGCAAGGAACACACUGAAUGAGCAGCGUGCCUGAGUAGGAACUUGAGCUUAUACAUGUACUACACGUUACCCAAGCAACAUUGGAUGUGCUGAAGGCCGAAGAGCAUUUUUCACUGGGAAGACUUGGAUUUGAUUUGUUAUCGUGAAAGGAGUCUAACUAAUUGAGCGGAAUAUAUUUUCUGGAGGGACAUUUUUCAUCCAAGAAUUGAAAAAGCAGCAGUAGACAUUUCAAAUUAGCAAGAAAACCACAGACAAUGGGGACCUGCCUCACCAGAUGCCAAUCCAACCUGACAGUCUUUGAAAACCCAGAUGAGUCAAUGGAGAGCCCAGAAACCGUGAUUGUGUCUCUUGUUGAUUACCCAUCAUUUGGAGAAACACAACUGACCAUGUGCAUUGGGGAAAGACUGACCAUGACAUCAGAUGACGGGGACUUCAUAAUGGUGAGAUCCACAACGACAGGCCGGGAGAGCUACGUCCCUAUCGAGUACACGGCCAGAGUUACUGACAGGUGGCUGUUCAAAGGCAUCAGCAGGUACAAAGCAGUGGAGCUGCUCAUGCGUCCUAAUAACCAGAAUGGAGCCUUCUUGAUUCGAGAGUCAGAGACAAGCAGAGAUUCCUACUCGCUAUCUAUCCUGAGGAGAACCAGCUCUUCGCACCAGGACUGUGUGAAGCACUACCGCAUUUCUACCCUUCCGAAUGGAUGGGUCUACAUAUCUCCAAGCCUGACUUUCUCCACCCUGCAUUGCAUGGUGGAACACUAUUCAGAGACCACAGAUGGAUUGUGCUGUCGGCUGGCAAUGCCUUGCUUCAUCCAGGGUUUAGACAAUGCUGAAGAGGCCCGGCCUAUUCCAAUAACGACCAGGAGGCCCACCAUCAAAUGGAAGGAAAUCAGCAGAUCGGUGAUCUUAAAGAGGAAGAGGACAGUGUCAGACCACUCUCUGGUGAGCGAGGGGCUCAGGGAGGCUAUUUACUCCUACCUCCAAAUGACCGAGGCCAGCGAAAACAGCUGCUGGGACACUUGAGGAAAGACUGCAGAGUGAGACUCUGCAAUUCAUCGGCUGCGGCUUGGGGAUCCCACUGGAAGAGGCCGUCUACACGCCCAAGUGCAGUCUUUAGAGACUGCCCUGGAAUAGCGAGAGGGCUGAGACACUACGUUGUGUGGAGAUAUGCAGUACUGCAAACUAUAUGAGCUGGAGGACUGCUUUUGUGGAUGUGUGUCCAAAGAGGCAUACAGAGGAGCUUUGAGAAAUGUGUUCUCAUUUGGCUCCGAAACAUUGAAUGUAUCUUUUAAUUUAUAAACUAAUGUGUACUUGCAGGUUGAAUGUCAUAUUAUGUGUUAAUAUUAUUGGAAUAUGAUUGUUAUCAUGGUUGUGUCAUUGGAAUCCAAUAAAAAUAUAUAAUUUAUGUAA